UUCGCCAUCUCGAUUGCAGUUGCCUCUUUUUAGCGAUCCGGACAUCCUCUUCGUACAGAACAUUCUAGACUUGAUGGCGCAGUCCUAAGUUUUCGACGUUAUUGACACUUCUGCAAGAUCGUGUUGUUCCCAUCCUUGUUUCACGCAAACAGGUCGACCGUGGUACGAUAAUCGAAUCAUGUGGACACAGUGAAAACGCAUUCUGGUUCUGGGCAUAUAACUUCCAGUGAUCAAUCCUUCACUCUUUCAUUCAGCGCUCAAAGGACCAACACCAAAUAGAAAGUAUCUUCCACCAAGAUGUGCAUCGCCCUGAUCUCCACCGCCCACCCCUCAUAUCCACUGAUAUUGCUCGAUAACCGAGAUGAGUACCUCAACCGGCCAACCGACCCAGCGAAAUGGUGGCCCGAACCUCACUCAGAAGUCAUCGGUGGCCGUGACAUGCUGCGCGACAUCCACGGGACAUGGCUGGGCGUCACCAAGCACGGCAAGAUCGCAUGCCUGACCAACUACCGCGAAGACGUUUCUCCGCCACCAUCAGCCAUCAGUCGCGGCGCCAUCAUUAAGAAAUGGCUGACCGAAGAUGUGGGCCCCGUGGAGAACUUCGUCAAGGAUGUCGUUAACACGGGCAUAGCCAAGGACGCAGGCGGCUUCAGUCUCGUGUGCGGCGAGAUCGAUAAGAAAUUGGCUAUCAUCUCGAAUCGCGCCGAGGAUCCGACUCAAGUCCCCUGGAUUGCAGGUGACGUCGUCCAGACAAUUGGACUGAGUAAUGCCGCGUUCUCGGACCGCACAUGGAAGAAAGUCCUACUGGGUGAAGAGCUUAUGCUCAACACGAUCCGGCAUAGCGUCGAGAAUAACGAGUCGGAAGACCAAUUGAUCCAGGGCUUUCUCGAGUUGCUCAGUCUCGAAACGCUGCCCAGAGAAGGAAAGGAAGAUGGUCAUGGGCUGGAGGCCUAUAUUCCCGACCUGCGCCACACGAUAUAUGUCCCGACGCUGGGACGGAAAGAUAAGCAUGAUCUCAAGGACGAUGAGAUCGCAGCGGCCAAGUUGCAUGAGAAGGUCGAUGUCGUUGGGUUCAAUACGCCGGUUCGAAACGGGAGUCCAUCGGUCAAGGCAGCGCAGAAACCUCAACAAUUGGGCGUCAGUGGACUUUACGGCACUCAAAAACAGUCGAUCGUGCUUGUCGAUAAGGAGAUGAAUGUGAGGUUCUUUGAACGGACAUUGUUCGAUGAGGACUCGAAUUUGAUACCGCCGGGGAAGGGGGAUGUUGAUGUAAGGUUCAAGAUUGAGAAGAGGUGAUGAUUGACGACGACUAUACAAGUAUGGGUGAUGAGAGACUGGGAUCACAUCUCCAUGCUAUUCAGCGGUCGAGCUCUUAUUCUGUGGAGAGACCGGUCUUUGACGAUGAACUUUUGACGCCUGCGAUGACCAUUUCUUCAAGCUACAUGGACGGCGUCUGCAGCUCAAAGGCACGGGCGUACGACCACGCGACACGUUCCCACACGGCCUCAUGUUAGGCUGAUGGACUUGGGUGCAGUGAGAU